AAGCUUCUUCUUCUUCUUCUUCUUCUUCUUCUUCUGUUUAUUCCGAUCUAUCUGCCUCUCUCCCAACUCCUUCACUCUGCUCUCUACAGACUCUACCUUCUUCCCCAAUGGGUAAUUUUUCCCCUUCACCUUGAGAUCUCCACCCUCUUCUUUCUCUCUCAGAAGGUGAAUUUAUGGAACCUCUGUGACUGCUUUACACUUUAUACACACCGCAGCUUUUUUCGCUAUCUCUGUCUCUCAGCUUUUCUUUUUUCAUUGACCAAUUAAACCAAUGGCUUCGAUCAGUACUCCCUCUGGUGAUCAUGAUCAGAAGCUGAUCAGAAAGCCCGCCGUGAUUCAACGGAAGCCGUUGAUGCUCAAGGAUUAUCUCCGGGACGAUAUCCUCAGCUCCUGCUCAUCCAAUGGCUUCAAAUCGUUUCCGCGGCGACAGUGCUGCACCACCGUCCGAUUCCUCCUGGAGCUCGAUCUCAAAGCGAGAGGCUCACCAAUAUUACCAACGACAGGCACGAAACAGCAUCGUUUUCUCCGUCGAACCCGUUCGAGGGCGGUUGCCUCCACUACCAUCUCAGCCUUGCAAAGAGCUUCGCAGGCUGUCAUCAACGCCGUCAAGAAGCAACUUCCGUUUCAUGAUUUCGUUAAGUCUCCGUCGACGUCCGCACGAAACGGAGCUCUGAAAGGGCUUCUACCUCGAAGCCUUUCGCGGAAGCUCUUUUCCAGAAAGAGCUUCUGGAGGAAAGCCGACAACACAGAGAGCGAUAUCGGACGGUGUACAUUGUGCCGCGAGAUUCUCAACGAGCGAGACAAACCGUCCGAUCAGGUCGCUCAUCACAUCAAAGCUUCAACGAGCACCAGCAGUCACAGCGGCAGUUGGGCCGAGAGCGAGUUUUUUACUUCGGAGAUUUUACGGUCCUCGAGCGGUAAUUCCGUGAGUUCCACCGAAAACGACGCCGUGGAGGGUAAAACGAAUUUACCGGACAAGAAGGUAGGCGAAACAGUCGGUGAGGAUUCCGUCUUAGCGGCAACCACCGCCACCUACUCCGGAGCUAACACAAAGGAAUGGCCAAAUGAAGAGGAGAAGGAACAACUCAGUCCAGUGUCUGUGCUGGAUUGCCCAUUUGAAGAUGAUGAUGAUGAAGAGAUUAGCUCACCUUUUGAGACUAAACUUGCCCAUUUAGAAGGCACGAAGAAAAAGCUUAUGCACAAGAUCCGGCGGUUUGAGUGUCUCGCUCAACUAGAACCAGUGGACUUAGAAAAACGCAUUGCACUGACUGAGCUCGACCAUGAAGCUGAUCCUCAAACCCCCAUGCAACCUUGUUCAAUGUCCAGCCAGGAGAACCAAACUCUAGAGCAGAAGGCUCAAGAACUACUUAACCUCGUCAAAACAAAGAGCUCACGACAUGGAACUAAAUUCACUGCAGAGAACCUGUUGUUCGAUUUCUUUAGAGAGAGAGUUGAAGAAAAUGAUGAAUUUGAGCAUCGGCAAUAUGAGUCGUUGUCGAAGCCUGCAGAAGAUUGGCUUGCCGGGAAUUCACAAGAAUUGUUUCUGAGAUGGGAGGUGCAGGAUGCAAGAAAAGUGUACGUUAGGGACAUGGAGAAGGGUGGGAAGUGGAGGAUAUUGGUUGAAGAAAAAGAAGAGGUGGCAUUGGAUGUUGAGGUUGAGGUUUGGACUUCUUUGCUUGACGAGCUGUUAGAUGACCUAUUUUGAUCAUAGAAAACUGUUUUUUUUUCUUUUUUGCUAAGAUUUGAGAUAGAGAUUCUUAGCAAUUAUGAUGUUUGGAUCGUUAACGGUUCAGCAAGUAAAUGUAAGAAAAGUUCUACGGAAUUCAUCUACUUGAACAAAUUUCAAGUCAUUUGCUUAUCUAUUUAAACAAGUAGGUUGACAAGA